AUGACGAUUGCUCAGUACUUCCACAAGGUAAAGUCCAUAUGCCGUGAAAUUUCUGAUUUAGAUCCUACUGCUGCUAUUGUGGAAUCUAGGAUAAAAAGAAUAAGUAUCCAUGGUCUGAGACCAGAAUACCGAGGCUUCGUUGCCGCUGUACAAGGGAAGCCUACUCAACCAUCACUUGUUGAGUUUGAAAAUUUGCUUGCCGAUCAAGAAGCUAUGGUUAAGCAAAUGGGAGGGGUCUCGUUAAAAGGUGAAGAGGAAGCGCUUUACACCAACAAAAGUAAAGGCAACUUUAAGCAGCAUGUUGGUGGUGGAUCUAAAAGAUACGGUGACAAGCGAAAGGUCAUCAAGGAGAAGGAAGUUCUCGGUUAG